GCUCUUCUCGAAAACAUGUCGCCCAUGAAGCUGUGUGUUCCAGGUGACAAACUAUGCAGCAUAGACGACUGUAUUCCAGGCACAGGAGUAUAUCUGCGGCACGGCUACAUAUACUCCUCACUAGCAGGCUACGUGCUCAAGAAAAACGAGGGCGAGGAGUUACCUGUGAUCUCAGUGGUGAGGGAAACAGAAACACAACUACUGCCAGAUGUAGGAGCAAUAGUCACCUGUAAGGUGACCAGCAUCAACCCCAGGUUCGCCAAGGUCCACAUCCUUUAUGUAGGCUCCACGCCGCUGAAGGACCGCUUCAGAGGGACUAUCAGAAAAGAAGAUGUGCGGGCAACAGAGAAAGACAAGGUGGAGACAUACAAAAGCUUCAGACCUGGUGACAUCGUCUUGGCGAAAGUGAUUUCUCUUGGUGACGUUCAGUCUAACUACCUGUUGACAACAGCAGAGAAUGAGCUGGGAGUCGUGGUGGCACACAGUGAAGCAGGUGCCCAGAUGGUUCCCAUCAGCUGGUGUGAGAUGCAGUGCCCACGGACUCACACCAAAGAGUUCCGCAAAGUUGCGCGAGUGCAGCCGGAGUAUCUACAGGCAUGAGAGCCCUGAAACUUCCCUCUUCCACAAGGAACACACAGCUUCCCCUCCCUCCUUCACUCACUGUCGUCAAGUAGCCUCUCAGCUCUGUUUCAGAUGUUUUCUGAGAGACUGGACGACGUGCAAUUUGUUGGCUACUUCUGGUUUCAUGUCUUUUUUUAUAAGUGUUUUUUGAAUAGCUUUCCCUCUGCACAUUGUGUCAUCAUUUGACUGUGCCAGCUUGAAAACACUGAAGCAGACCGAUCUGCAAACCUGUCAGGACAUAUUCUGAACAGUGUAGCGACUGUUGUUAAGACAUUUUUAACUAUUUCGAAGGGGGUACAUCGCAGCUGCCAAACUUUCAAAGUGACCACUAAUGCUGAGAAGCUAAAAGCAUCAGGAUUUUGCAACUAGAGACGAAAGGCACUUUGCUAGAAAGUAUUACAGCAAAGUUUAGAUCAGCAGGUCACUGGAAGGAUGAAGCAUGUUGCUGGGUGAAUAAUUGUAAGAUUUGGUUGAGACAAGAUUCAGACUACAUCUCAUGGAAAGAUUUAAGAUGAACACUGUUUUGUCAGCAGAGAUCAUUGCGAAGGGCAGUGGCUGCAUUUGGUCUGAAAUGAGGAUCUGACCAAAGAAGCUGCAUAGUGAGCGCUGCACUUUGAAACUUUUCAUGAUGUAUGGCUGACUUGUUUUUAAUAUCUUGCCUGUAAAAGUGACACAAACAUUGGUUUAAAGACAUCUUAAUCUAUUGAGGCUCAUUUUUCCUUACACCUUUUCAAGUCAAGCGAUGGAAAAAUGUCCACACAGCAGUUUUAAAAGGAAAAUGAAUGUAAUUGAGAGCCUAAUGUUCACUUACAACACAGCUACCAAGAACGGAAUACUGAAGUACCACAUCAUAUGAUAGUCAAAUAUUUUUUGUUUUCCAGCACAUAAAACUAGAUGAGCCGAUAACAAGCAGAAAUGUUUCCACUUUAUCUUUAAAGUGACUUUGUCUUUCCUUGUUCUCUCUUGACUUUACAGCAGAUGUCAUGUGCAAGAUUGAAAUAAAAUGACUAUCAGAAACUGCUAA